AAUCUCAUUAGCUGAUAGUUCAAACAUCUCCCACUCUCAGAAGACGAGCAAACAGAAACUCGUUCGAUACUAGCGGCUAUCGGACAUUCUAUUUGUUUGGUUCGAAAAGAUGAGUCUAUUACUAGCGAUCGUUUGAUAGUUUCAGAAUGUAAUCACCGUAAAAUCAUGCUGUUGACUGUCGUAAGUUUGUCGCUGUUCCUGGUCGGCUCCCGGGUCACGGAAGUUGUUGAUGCUCAAUGGACAGCCGAGAUGAAAUGCCAGGGCUAUCGUAAUCUGACGGUUUCGAGGACGGCCAUCAUUCCGUUGAUCGCCCGGCCUGUGCCGGUCUUUCAGGAAAUGUUCCAAUGUUCCCAAACGGUUGAUGUGAUUGUGGGUGGCGAGGAAGCACUGGAGGGAGAAUUUCCGCACCAUGCACUGAUCGGUUGGCCGGCUGAGGCUCAACGUGAUGAGGAGUACGAGUUCCUUUGUGGUGGAUCGUUGAUUAGUGAACAGUUUGUGGUGACAGCGGCUCACUGUGGUGCCGACAGUGCCAGAGGUCGCCCGGUCGUUGUUCGCUUGGGUGAGUACGAUUUGGAGAAUGAGCUGGAUCACCAGGUGGAUUUCGAUAUCGCCCAAAUUGUAAGACAUCCGAAGUACCGGGGCAGAACUGCCUACCAUGACAUUGCGCUGGUUCAGCUGAAGCGAAAGGUAAAAUUUUCCGCCUUCAUCCGUCCAGCCUGCCUGUGGACGUCGAAUUCACUCAACUAUACGACCGCAAUUGCCAGUGGAUUUGGACAGUUGGGAUUUUUAAUGAAGACUGCUCGAAAACUGAACAAGGUUUCAUUGCAACUUUUCGACUCGAACGUGUGCGAGAAAUCCUUUCCGAGAAUCCGUAAAUUGCAAAACGGAAUAAUUGAUAGUCAGAUGUGCGUUGGAAGCUUCGAUGGGAGAGACACCUGCAAAGGGGAUUCCGGUGGUCCACUUCAAGUCAAAACCGAACAGCAGGGGUGUUUGUUCCAUCUCAUUGGAAUCGUUUCCUGGGGACAGGAUGCCUGUGGCUACGGUCAGAGUUUAGCCAUCUACACGAAGAUUGCCUCCUACGUGAGUUGGAUCGAACAAAUUGUCUGGGAGACAGAAGUAUGGAUAUGGGACUGAAGUAUAAGUGAAUAUAAGGAGACCAUGAUUCUAUUAAUAAAAGUUGCCAUUCAUUUUCCUGACAGUCCCGUUGGGCCAGUGCACGCAGUAGUGAUCAGAAAGUGGAAAUUGCUGUCCGGAGUUUGUCUUUCGGUGAUGUUAACAUUAAGUAGCUUUAGUAUAGUUUCAAAAGGUUAUGUUAAACUUUCGUUUGAAGCAGGAAUUUUAAUAAAAAGAUUCUUUAAU